AGGUCCAGGUGCUGUCAGGCCACGUGCAAUGGGUCUACUGCUGCUCCAUCUCCCCGGACUGCAGCAUGCUCUGCUCCGUGGCCGGAGAGAAGUCGGCGCUGCUGUGGAGCAUGCGGUCCUACACCCUCAUCCGCAGGCUGGAGGGGCACCAGAGCAGCGUGGUGUCAUGCGACUUCUCGCCAGACUCAGCGCUCCUCGUCACUGCCUCCUACGACGCCUGCGUCAUCAUGUGGGACCCCUACACCGGGGAGCAGCUGAGGAUGCUGCGCCAUGUCCCCUUGCACUCAGCGGUGGAUUACAGCAGCGAAGUCCACACGAGUUCCCUGCGCUCUGUCUGCUUCUCCCCUGAGGGCCUCUACCUGGCCACAGUGGCAGAUGACAGGCUCCUGAGGAUCUGGGCGCUGGAACUGCGCUCUCCAGUCGCGUUCGCUCCCAUGACCAACGGCCUGUGCUGCAUGUACUUCCCGCAUGGAGGUUUCAUUGCCACGGGGACCAGAGAUGGACACGUCCAAUUCUGGACGGCUCCAAGAGUCCUCUCGUCACUAAAGCACUUGUGUCGCAAAGCUCUGCGCACUUUCCUGACGACGUACCAAGUCCUGGCGCUCCCUAUUCCCAGGAAGCUGAAGGAAUUCCUCACUUACCGGACUUUUUAA